AAGCGCAACAAGUGGGCGCUUGUAUUGUUCCACGACUAUAUAAGGUGUACCUGGGUCUCUACGACCGGCAGAAUAGCAUCUGAUCGUGGAUCAUGGCAAACAUGAGGCUCCUUCUUCCAUUUUGUUGUCUCCUCCUCUCAGCAUCCGCCAUUCCAACGUACGGCCCGUACGCCGGUGCCGGCAUAUACCACGGACCUCCAGCACCCCUAGCUCAAGAUGGAAGAGUAAUCGACACGCCGGAAGUGGCUCACGCAAAGGCAGCACACCUCGCAGCGUACGCCGUGGAGGCUGCGAAGGCUUCACCCGUGGGAUACGGGGAUUAUUCCGAUGGAAAAUACGAGGAGUACAUAAGUCCCGUGCAGAACGCGUACCACGGUCCUCCAGCGCCAUUGGCUCACGAUGGCCGCGUGAUCGACACGCCGGAAGUUGCGCACGCUAAGGCUGCGCACUUGGCUGCGCACGCGGACCAACUUUCGAAGAUCGUUCAACAUUAUCCUCAGAUCCAUUGGAUAAGAUAUAGGAAUAACGAGGACGUCGGAAUUGCAUCCGCGAUGACGGGCGUCCACGUGCUAGUGUCGCAUAGCUGGCAAUCGAGUUUUAUUCCUGACGAGGUUACGGGACACGAUGUCAUUGUUAAUGCCUGGGGUGGGGCACCUUAUACUAACGCAGCCUGUACCCCUAUAAAUUGGACGAUCGACGAUAGUGGAUCUAAAGCUCUUUUGAUAGUCGCUGGAUCGACGUGUUCUGAGCUUCGACAGGAUGAUCCGGUACCUUUGUAUCAACAAAAUUUUUCUUGUCCUCAGAUUCUUCUUUUUGUCACCUUGCACGUGGUUUGCUGUGCACCACAGUGGUAUGGCGGUGGUCAUCCUGGAGCGUAUGGUGGCCACGCAGCCCCAGCGCCAUUAGGACCCGACGGAAGAGUGGUAGACACACCGGAAGUGGCACAGUUGAAGGCAGCUCACUUAGCCGCGCUAGCUGACGCCAAUGCUAGGGCGCCCAAAGGCCCCGGGGGCCCUGGUGGCCCUUAUCCCGGCCCUGCUGGUCCCUAUGCACCUGGAAACUAUGGCGCACACUACAGUGGACCCCCAGCUCCAUUAGGCCCUGACGGUCGCGUAGUAGACACCCCAGAAGUCCAACAAGCGAAAGCGGUGCACUUCUCUCUGUUCAACGCCGAAGCGCAACGUCCCGCUCCACCGGCACCCGGUCCCCACAACCCAUCAUGGAACCCCUCAGGCGCCUACAAUCCCUCCUGGAACGGAAACAGUUGGAACCAGUAUUAG